CGCUACAAUGCCUCCAAAAAAGGACUGACCGAUACCGAGAUGGACCCAGCCGACAACCUCAACGAGAGCGCACUUCAUCAAGUCAAACCUUUCAAAGUCGAGUACCAUACGACCGACCUUCAUAAGACACAGACUGCACCCUGGAACAAACAACAAUUCAACCCACCACCGCAACAGCCGUCGAAGGAGCAGCAGCAGGAUAUCAUGGAUGAGAAGGGCAUUACAGGCCCUUUAAUUUUUGCCCGAUCUCCGCACGCAGUUAUCGACUAUUCCAACCACUAUUCAGCCCACGCCUCUUCAUCUUCAUCUUCAACAUCGCCACCAACAAGACAACCACCAUGGUUACCCCCACGCACAGUCGUCCGUCCGCUCGACCUCAGCGUUCCUGACAGCAAUGAUAUCGAGCUAAGCGACAACAGUUCCUCCAAAAAGUCCGCAUCCGCCGGGCGAUCAGCCGAACGGUCCCCCGAGGCAGACGACAGCGGCAGCUACCCUCGGGAGAGUAUGAUCAGCGCUUUGGAUUAUAUCAACCGACGGGCAUCGUCGCUGGAUUACAUCAACCCAAAGGCUUCUCCUACGACUCAACCUCAGCAGCGCGUCCGCCGUAAUCCCCAGUGUCUGGUGUAUACCCCUUCAUCAGAGACAGAUUCCCAGCCGUAUGUGGCACCACCAACGACUACCUCGGCGGCGGUGACUUCAAUUGUUCAGCCUUCACAGCGACAGAAGCAGAGGGAUUCGCAGAAGCAGCAGGGAGAGGAGCCGGUGGAUGUGAUAUUAGCGUCAUAUGGGCACAGGACCAACAGGCGGAAUCGUCGAGGACCACGUCCAUCAGCUUAUCCGUCAUCGCAUUCGACACUACUGUCAUCCUCUAACACAGCAACAAACCCAGCAUCAACAUCGACAUCAAAAUCACCAUACGUCCCACCAGCAUCAUAUUCAUCAUCAUCUUCUUCAACACUGGCAUCUCCGUCUUUUGCAUUACUAUCACCACCUUAUUAUCCACCACCAGUAUCUUCUUAUUCCUCACCACCGCCACCAUCAGUAUCGGCAUCGUCGUCAUCAUCAUCAUCGUCAGCAACAGCACUAUUGCCAUCCACAAAAUUCCAAUCACCGACAACCAUCCCAAGAACGCCCUCAAAAGCCCUGUCCCGCGGCCGGAGACAUGUCUCCAAGCGCAAUGGGAUGUAUGUACAAGAUGAUGAGGAGCUACAGAUGAGGCUGGAGCGACAGAUCGCGGAGAUUAAGGCGGAACAUGAGCGGCAGUAUGAGCUACAGCAGCAGACUCUGGAGCGACUGCGGCAUCAGCUGGAGAUGUUGAUGCAGCGGUUGACGACGAAGAAGAUUUAACGACAGAGAACGAGCAAAAACAAGAAACAAAGAAAAAGCGCGAGCGCGAACUUUAUAGUGUAUAUAUGGAUAUCUUUUUUAUUUUUAUUUUCCUCAUCUUCUUGUACCCUAAUGUAAAUAGUAGAAACGAC